AUGGCCGACAAGCUCGUCACCCAGCCGCCUCCCACGCCGACCUACAAGAUCACGUAUCCCGCUCCAUAUGUCAUGCUGAUGACAAUCGAUCGCCCGAAGCAAAUGAACUCGAUCCCGUAUGCGGCUCAUUGGGAAGCAGAUGCUUUGCUUCAGUGGUUCGACCAAGAGCCGUCCUUGCGAGUAGCUGUGAUCACAGGCAAUGGCAAGGCUUUCUGUGCCGGGCAAGACCUGAUUGAGCAGAACAAGCUUGCUCAACUGCGACAAGCUGUUUCAAGAGGAGAAAAGGUUGAGAUGCCUGAUAGACGACUGCUCACACAUCCAGUUUCGGGAUUUUUGGGUGUGAGCAGAAGAGCUGGUAAGAAGCCCGUGAUAGCGGCUGUCAAUGGCUGGGCAAUGGGAGGUGGAUUUGAGAUAUGCUUGGGCUGCGACAUGAUUGUCGCUUCACCGAACGCUACCUUCGGUCUUCCGGAGGCAAUGCGCGGACUGUACGCGGGCGCCGGCGGUCUCAGCAGAUUGGUUCGCCUGGCUGGCAUGACCAUUGCAUCCGAGGUUGCGAUGGCUGGACGCUUCCUUUCUGCACAAGAAGCAGCUCAAUACAACAUCGUGAAUCGUGUCUCCCAGACGCACGAGUCCGUCGUAAAUGAAGCUGUGGAUCUAGCAGCAAAGGUCGCAUCGCUGAGCCCCGAUGCGAUCAUCGUCACGAGACACGGCCUUCGUGAGAGCUGGGAGCAGGCGAGUGUUGAGAGGGCAAGCCAAGAGACCGAGCUGAGGUACGGAGCCGCGCUUAGGGAUGCACCAAACAUCGCGAUCGGUUUGAAGGCUUUUGCGGAAAAGAAGCAGCCUCAGUGGGUACCAAGCAAGUUGUAG